GUGACCGCCAGCAAACUGGCGGGAGAUGCGAGCAACCAGGAAGUGAUCCGCUCGCGGGUUUCGCUGCCAAACUCUCAAACGCUACACAUUUCGAAAAAAAAAUGGAUACGUGUGUCGUGACGCAACAAAACGCAUGGAAGAACACGAAAGAGGCGGUUGUCAACUUUCGACGACUGCUACUUUGCUCAAAAUGCUCACACUUGAUGAAGGAACCAGUUUGCCUCGGAACGUGUGAGCAUAUGCUAUGCAGGUCUUGUGCAGGCGCACAGGCAGGAGAUGGCUGUGUGGUUUGUCAAAGUCCCGCCUGGGUAAAGGACAUCCAAAUCAACAGGCAGCUCAGCAAUGUCAUCCAGGUCUUCAGUGGCUUGGAGUCCAUGUUAAACCCCAGUGUACAACAAGAGUCCUCUGAGGUUGUCCUACGGCCACAAAAUGAGGGCAACGUCUUAAAACACAAGAAGAACUUCAAGAUCUGGUUCAGUCCUCGCAGUCGUAAAGUCCGUUGCAUGGUGGAGAAACCUGCAGAAGACGUCACACCUGCCAACAAGUCGUUGGAGGAAACGGCUGCCGUGCAGCCUGGCCCUGCAAUCGCUGAAGUCACUGACCUGACAGUUUUUAACUUCACCUCAUCCUCUCAAGAGUCUAGCUCCUUAUCUCCAAAAGUCAACUCUACUAGCAAGAAGAAGAAGAAGAGUGCAAAUAAGAAAAGGAUUGCCUGCAGGAAGGCAACAAUGGAAAGAGCCACAAGGAAACAGACGAGACAGAUGGUGAAGAAGAACCAGCUCGAUGCCAUAAACAAGCAGUGGGGGAUUACAGAGGAUGAAGAUGCCUUGGUGGAUUCAGAGCCCACUUGUGCACAAGUUGAAGGGAGGUCCAACAAAAGGGUUUCCUUCCUCAGCCCUGACCCUGGCAGUGACGCCAUACAGGAAAGACUCUCCGAAGGUACCAUCGCCCUUCCCAAGAACCAAACUCAGUUCUGUUCACAUGAAACGGACACACUGCCUGCCCCCGACUCCAUCCCCACAGACGAUCCUCAAAAACAGGCCGGCAGAUCUUCUCCAAAGCAGUCCUCAAAACGGCCAAGACUGGAGGGAGAAGCCGUUACCCUGGAGACCACACCGAAAAGGCGAAUAGCCUCACCAGGUGGUUGUCGAAAAUCAUUGUGUCGCUCGUCUCCAGCUAUUCUUAAAUCUCCUUCUCCCAGCCGGAAGUGUAAAAAGACUUUUCGAGAGGAUGAAGGAGAGAGUCCCACUCUCCCAGGCAUUGUAGGCGGGAAAUCACCCCCUUCUCGUGUGUCUGUGGGGAGCCCAGCAGUCAUGAAGAAGAACCGCAAAGGAGAGACCCCACUACAUUUAGCUGCUAUAAAGGGGGAUGUAGAGGCCGUUAAGGAACUACUGGAUCUGGGAGCAGACCCCAACUUGAAGGAUAAUGCAGGAUGGACACCUCUGCACGAAGCAUGUAACCUUGGUCAUCUGGCGGUGGUGGAGGUGUUAGUUUCACGGGGAGCACUCGUGAACAUUCCUGGCUACGAAAAUGACUCUCCAUUACAUGAUGCUGUGCGGAAUGGCCACAUAGCCAUCGUCAAAUUGCUGCUGCAUUUCGGAGCCUCGCAGAAUGUGCUUAAUCUCCAUGGGAAGCGACCUGCGGACUGUGCCAUGAGUCGGGAGAUGUUGGCGGUCUUCCAGGAAGCCUCUGAAGAUGCUAACACAUCUCUGACCAGCCUAGCCAGUCUUUCUGUGAGUAAUUGUGUGAAUCAAGGCGGAAUCUUGUUUCUGUCCAGUCAGCUGUCACAAACAGCACAGCGUCAAUUGACCAGGCUGGGCCGCCUGUUGGAUGGGAGUGUAACAGACACCUUUACUUCCUCAGUAAGCCAUGUUGUGGUGCCAGAAGGACCAAUGCCGACCACGCACUCCACACUCCUCGGACUUCUUGCCGGCCGCUGGAUUGUCAAAUACAGCUGGGUGGAGGCAUGUCUGCAGGCGGGCAAGCGGAUGCCAGAAAAUGAGCAUGAAGCAGGAGAAGGCCCGCAGCGCAGUCGCAUCAACAGAUGCAGCUUGCUCCCGCCACUCUUCGAUGGGUGUUUCUUUUUCCUCUUGGGCUCCUUUAAAUCUCCUGGGAAGGAUGAGCUGGCCAAGCUGCUCCGCGAGGGAGGCGGUCAGCUGUUGAGUCGGCAGCCAAAACCGGACAGCGAUGUGACUCAAACCCUCAGUGCAGCCGCCUACCACGCUCUGCCAGGAUCGGACCAGGCCCUCUGUACCCAGUACAUCAUCUUUGACCCCCAUAGUCAUCACAAGCCCUCUUUGGUGCGAAGGGGCAAGGUGUGGUCCGCUCCCUCCACCUGGAUCAUCGACUGUAUCGCAGCCUUCCAGCUUCUACCCGUGCCAGACAUUCAAUCAGGAUAGUAUUUUUUUUUAUCAUCUACUUUUUAAAUUUGUGCUAAUUAUGUUGGGAUGCUGAUAUAAAAAAUGGUUAUCAUGAAACACAAAUGUUUGGAAAAAAGAAUGGAAGUCAUGUAUUUUGUAAGCAAACAUGCAUUACAAUAUCAAAAUAUUUUUUUUAAAGUUUGGGUCUCCUACAGAUGUACAGAAUUAUCCAGUGAACGCAAGUUCCAUUCUUAAAGGGUCCCCGUCCUGCUAUUUGCAACCUUUGAGACGUAUGUACACUAUACUGUGCAUCUAAAAUGUUGCACACUUCUUCCCGUGGAAGUGCCAUAUGAUGAAUUUUGCUAUUUUCAUGCCACUCUUUUAAUCUUGUGAACAAUCGGAUAUGAGAAUUUCCCACCAUUUUCACAAGAUAUUUUGAAUUUCUCCUGUCACUUUUGGAAGUCAACGUAUGGCAGUGCUUCUCACAUAGUGGAGGGGGGGGGGGGGGGGGGUCACUUGGGUGAACGUGAACAUGAGACUUUUAUAUUAGUGCAGCCCUGCCAACCAACAUGUAUGCAUUUAUAGUACUCAACAUGCGAUUUGACUCAUUUUGCAAUUUGCAUGUAUGCUCUCCAUUUUUCUGUUUUCAUAUCAUUUUAUCGAGUAUUUCAAAUUGGGGGUGUGUGAAAAAAAAUCUGUCCCUUAAGCGGGGGCAUGACAGAUAAUACAAUUAAAAGCACUCAUGUAUGUCAAUUUGCCCGGUGUCCAGUGGUAUUCAGCGACUGAUGUUCAGAGUUGUGAGUUUCUUUAAAAAAAAAAAAAAAAAAAAAUUGGGUGGGAAAACAUUUUUGUUUUCUGGGCAUCUAUUGACCAACCUCACAGUGACUGCUGCUGGGCUCUGGCAGCUUUUAUGUGAACAGAGCACAUUUUCAAGUCAGAUUCUCCAUAAUGCAUCCGGUAAGAUCCAAUAUCCAGUCAUUGUUAGUUGGUAACAACUAGCAUGUAACUGCUUGAGGGGGUCGGUUGGUGGAUUGGGGGAGCUAGAGACGACCCUCGACUCCUGACGAAUAGGCGUGGUUGGGUUCAACAAUCGACAAACACGACAAUGCAGAUUUUAAAAAAGAUACUUAUUGUACUUCCCAACUGGGAUCAUAUAUCAUUUUAAACGCCACUAAAAUUAGCCAGGCAUACCUGUCAACAUCUACAUUUGAAAAUAAGGGAUCUUUUGAAGAAAAUAAGGGAAAUUGUGACCCACACAGAGAUUCCCAGGCACAGAUUUGAACCCUGGAACUCCUGUCAAUGCCGAGACAGAAUUGCUAGAUUAGCUUCACCUUGAAGUGAAUAAAAAUGCAUACAAAAAUCGUGGAAAAUAAAGAACUGUUUAUGUCAAUAAGA